AUGGCGUCGUCGCUCGCCGCGCAGCUGUCGCAAGUUGCGGCCAAAGCAACCCAUCAGUUCGACCUGAAAGCCCAGCGAUCGGCCCACGCUCAAUCGUUGAUAUUCGAGAAGAAGAUUGCUAGCACACAGGAUUUCGAUACGAUAUACCAGCUAUACUAUGAAGGGUUUCAAGAACUAUGCGCCCUCGAUCCUCGCUUUCAGCCGUUCCAGCAGAAUCUUUUCAGCGAGCAGAGCAAAGUGGAAGAUAGAAGCCAGAUGACGGCCGCACAGAAUAAGGAGCUAGAUGUUGUCAUAGAAGAAUUCCUAGCCCUUGUUGGUGGCCGACUGCUUCUCAAUCCGGCCGUGAAGGCUGUGGAUUGGCUUGUUCGUCGAUUUCGUUGGAAGUUGGCCAAGCAGCUUGCUAACCGAUAUAUCGUUCUAUCUAGGGCACAUGAGCACAAUACCCGUGCUAUCAUUCUCACAUUUCUACCAUACCAUACCACACCUUUAUUCCUCAACCUGCUAUCCAUCCUGCCGGAGAACCUGACGCCUACCUUUAAAGUCCUACAUCCAUAUAAGCGAAGCUUAAUUCUACCUACACGAACCUCCCUUGUACACAGUGCGUCGACAAAUAAGGAGUUUUUCUCUGCCUUGAAUAGUUAUGUUAUACAAGUCGGCAAAGCUCGAGCGCACUAUCAGGGUCUGACUUCUUUCUGGGCUGGCAUUAUGACGGAGGCUCUAUCUACAAUGCUAGACUCUGCGCAAUCAGGGAGAUUAGAAGUCGAACGCCGAAAUAAGGAAGAUGUCUUGAUUCGUGUUCUGCCAACACUUAGCACCGGCCUGUCAUUGAAAAAAGCUCCAGAGCUCGUCAUUGCUUGCUACAUGCUGUGUGUUGUCUUGGCCAACAAAGGGUCUCUCAGUGACCAUGCUAUCGAUAGCUUGAUGGAGGCCGUAGCAGGAUCUUGGACCCAAGAUACCAUUACCUCAGGAAUCACCUGUCUUGCAGUGAUUUUUCAACACAAGGAACAACUACAGCUUCCGAAGCCUGUUGUUAAGUCGAUUCUUCGCCUAGAAGAUGUGGCUGAUGUUUUUGCAGGCCUUGCAGCAUCUAAUUCAAUAGUCCACUUGCUUUCUGGCUUGAUGAAUGUUCUUAUGGAGAACGAUAAUGAGGAAGUUGCAGCUAAAUGUGUAUCUCUUGUUGGCCAGGUACUCCAGAGUGAUAUAAUGGGCGCCGGGGACAAGACACAGACAAUAAUAGCGCUCCUGAAGACAAUCGAUGAAUCUCAUCGUAAAGGUUAUAUGUCUGAGGAAGUACGCCAGCUGUCUUCAGAUACGCUUGCAGCCUUUGUUGAAUCUAAGGAACUUGAUAUUGUGCUUCAGAGAGCAAUCUCCGAAUCCAACGUCGAUAUUAAAGCUUUAGAAAUAACCCUUCAACUCGCCAUUGAUAACAACUUGGGAACCGCUGGGACAGAAGACAUUGAAAUGGAGGACAUCCCUGAAAACAGCACCCAAGAAGAGGAGUUUGCAGCCGCAAUUGCAUCUCUUUCCCAACGACGAAGUCAACAACCCGAAAACUUCCUUGUCGAGUCCCCUUCACCUCUAUUUAGCGAACUAGUUGUUUGUUUCACUCAAGCAACAACAUCCGCGAACAAGCUGGGUCAAUUCCUCGGUUUACCAAUCCUUCGCAGAAAUACCAAAUUUAAGGACUUGACGUACUUCUCUUUCCUCGUGCGAUAUUUUUCCGGCCCUCAUCCACCUCUAGCGCGUACCAAGGCCAUCAAUAUAGUUACAACAUCUAUUCUUGAAUCAAAUGGCAGAGCAAUUGAUUUGCAAGCGUUGAUUCCAUAUGCUAUAUCCGCUCUAUCCGAUCCUUCAACGCCCGUCAGAAGGGAAGCGGCUGCACUACUUACCUCCAUCGACAACCAAUAUUUUAUCCCUGACAUCGAGGAAGCACCCUGGGGCCAGGGUAUCAUAUAUGGUGACAAUGAACAGUCAAAGGCUGUCCAGUGGCUGCCUGGGAAGGACAUCCAUACCUUGUUUGAUAAAGGGUUUAUGCCCAGCUUGGAGGAGUGCAUCCUUGAUCCCUCACGAGUCUUUGAAACGUUUGUGCAGACUAUCAAAGGAACUUCGGAAGAUGGUUCAGGGCUGAAAAAAUCAGUCCGCCGAGAUUUCUUCUCUUUCAUCUGCUCACAUAUCAUCAAUACGCCUCUCUUUGCGACAAAACUCAGACUCCUGUCUAUUGUAAACCGAAUCAGCAAAAUUGGGUCAACUCCCCGUACUCAAUUCUUAUCUCCCAUGCUUGAGCAAUGCAGAACAAUUGAUUCCGAGAAGAUAAAGCGCAUUAGUACGCAAGAGCACGUUUCGAUUCAGGAACUGGAGCAACAAGUUCUAUCUAUUAUCUAUCCAAAAGAUACGACUGCAAUCUCUACCCUUCUCUCACUAUUGAAGGACACUCCUCAAUCUACAAGGGCUUCAUUCAUUGGGGCUGUUUUCGAACGCAUGAAAGAUACCUGGCCAUUCUUAGAUGAGGAGAAAGAGCUAUUCGCAUCAGAGACUUUGCUCGAUAUGUGUCUUUCGACUAGGCCCCUAACUGAUGACCUAGCGAAUUCUAGCAAAGAACUUCUUCGGUCUGUGGACUUGUCAGGUCCGGUUAUCUCCAAAUUCCUGAGCACGGUAACUUCGGCCUCUUUCAAUAUUGAUUCUCAGUCACCUGCUCCGAAGAGACGGAGAAUGAGCCAGAGCAACAUGGCAGUCAUGAGCCCUGCCAGUCGGGAAGAAGCGAAUAUCCCUCUUCGGAGAAUCUCGUUUAUUCUCGAGCUAAUUGAUGCUUCUCAACCCGAAAGAUUCCCCGAGCUUCUUGGUGGCCUAUUUCAAACUCUUGCCAUUGUUCACAAGUUAAAGCUCCAAGUUCGCUCAGAAAUGAGCUACCUUCUCAGCCUCAACCUUGGUGUCUUACUAUCUGUUGUCAAUAAAUACAAGGGCUCACCAAAGAAACUUGAUACUUCUGUCAUUAGAGCCGACCUUAUUAUCGACUGUGUUCGCACAUCUGAGAGUCAGCAGGUUCAGAACACUGCUCUUCUGCUUGUUGCAGCCCUGGCGACGGUAGCUCCUGAAAUUGUUCUACACAGUGUUAUGCCCAUCUUUACCUUCAUGGGUUCGAGCGUCCUCCGAAAAGAUGAUGACUAUUCAGCCCUUGUUAUUGACCAGACCAUUGAUCAAGUUAUUCCUCCUCUUGUUCGCUCCCUCCGAGUCCAAAAGAGGGAUGUGGUUACGGGAACAUCCGAGCUACUAUUGUCUUUCACCACUGCAUAUGAACAUAUUCCCUCAUAUCGCCGCCUCAGGCUAUUUGAGUCUCUCGUGAACAAACUUGGACAGGAGGACUUCCUCUUUGCUGUUUUGGCCAUGCUAGCCACCAAGUACGGCAUGGAUCGGGAUGUCCUAGUCACUAUGACUGCUCUUGCUUCUAAUGCGGAGGCUCAACUUCAGCUUACGACGUACGCCCGGUACUUGAGUCUGGUUCAAGAUGCACUUCAGCCAAAGCCAACCAUCUCCCGCAUUCUCCUUGGUAUUGGAAGUGAGGAUGGACGAGAGCCCCAUAAAGUUGCUGUUGAUUUACUUCAGACGCUCUCUCAUCUGCUCAAAUUUACCUCUCUUGCUAAUAAGAUGGUUCAGUACUUCGAGUCUGACGAUACAGAAGAUGCCAAGAAGGUGCACAGUCUAUUUUCUGGUAUGCUGGAACGUCUCCUGGCCUUAGGUGAAUCUGUUCGUUCCAUUAGAGCCAUAAAUAUAGCCUGUGGUGAUGCUCUUGCUACUUUGCUAGGCACUCUAUCUCUUGUUGAUUUUAUUGACACGAUUGAGGUUCUACUGCAAAGACCAAAGGAUGACCUCCGCAGACAAGUCCUCAGGCUACUUGAGAACCGUCUUGACAAUAGCAACGAUAGAGAUACAGCAUCCCAAUCGAAGGCUCUCUCUUUCCUGUCUGUUCUUGUCGGAAUUGUCGAAACGUCUCCCGACAUAUUGUUGAAACAUGCGGCUGUCGCCUGUAUGGAAAAGAUUUCAGAGAAGUACGGGAAGAAGAAUCCAGAAAAGGUCGUUGAGGCAGCAAUCGUGGUCGCUGGCGACAAGUGUAUGGGGCUCGCAGACAAUCGCAUCCGUAUCAUGGGUGCAUUGUGCCUUGCAUCUAUGACGGAAGUCAUUGCGGAUGCAAUAAUCCCUGUACUACCUACCGCCCUCCCUCGCUCCUUGGAUCUACUACAAAGCAGUAUUCAGGCCAAGGAACAAAACCCAGAGCUACACGAUGCCAUAUACUCGCUACUUUCAGCACUAUUCGUUCACAUUCCUUACAUGAUCUCGUCAGAAGACUUGGACAAAGUUCUAUGCCUUUCUUCAAGCUCAGCCCACGCUGGCUUGUCAGAAGAUUGUAACAUCAAUCGACAAGAGGCCCUUCAGCUAUUGGCAAAACGUGUGGAUGCGAAGGAAGUAUAUAAUGCAGUUGAACGCAACUGGUACUUCUCAGUGUCGAACGGCUCAAAGGCCGCCAAAGAAACCCUCGAGGUUGUCAAGCUAUCGAUUGAGAAACACUCUAAGUCGGAUACUAUCAAGAAUGUUCCUGCACUCUCGAGGUUGCUGUGGAAAGUAUUAGACUUCCGAAGAGCUCAACUCAGCUUACCUGCCAGCGAUAGAUUUGAGGGACACCAGGUUCAUGACAUCGAGUCUUCCAUCAACGACCUAACGAUUAAGAUGAUAUAUAAACUGAAUGAUACCAUAUUCCGUCCGCUCUUCACGCAACUCACCGAGUGGGCUACAGCGGAGCUAGACAAGUCUGAUUUGCCUGGCAGACAAGCAAGACUGACGACAUUCUACAAGUUUCUCGAGACUUUCUUUGGUACCCUCAAGUCCAUCGUUACCGGUUAUUCCAGCUAUAUCAUUGAAAACGUUGUCGACAUACUGAAGAACGUCCGACCAAAUGUAAAAGAAAAUCAGGCCUUAUGGACAGCCGUAAUGCGAACACUCCGAAACUCAUUCGAGCAUGACCAGGAUGAAUUCUGGCAAUCACCUAGUCACCUCAGCUCAAUUUCCAGUCACCUUAUCAGCCAACUCUCCAUUGCUAACAGCAAAGCAUCCUUCAAGUUGGUUACAGCCGAAGCAACCCCAGCUAUUGUCGCUCUCGCGAUUGCAGCGGAUUCCCCCGAUAACCAAAAGGAACUGAACACUCAUAUUAUGAAAUAUAUGCGUGCUAGUGGAGGCAAUGCUGAUUCUUGCAAAGGAGUAAACCCAUUUACUCGACUUGCGGCGGUCAAGUGCGAGCAAAGCCUGACUGAAGAGCUAGGCGAAGAGUGGCUUGCUUUGCUACCUGAGAUGCUACCUUUUAUCAGCGAAUUGAUGGAGGAUGAUGAUGAAAAUGUCGAGAAAGAGGUUAGGAAAUGGGUGCUCAUGAUCGAAGAUAUCCUGGGGGAGAAGUUGGAUGAUAUGCUUGCAUAA